AUGUCGCGAUUAGCUUCACGAUACCUUUUUCACCUCCGCCAACCCCCAUCUCAUCCAGCACAACGCCACGCCUUCUCAACAACACCCCCAAGACAUCUAAUGAGCCUAACAGGCUUCUCAGACAACCAACUAACAGUCCGAGACGCCAUCAGCAAGAUAUGCGCCGAAUUCCCUAACACAUACUGGCAGUCCCAUGACCAAGAUGAACAAGACCCAAAGGAGUUUCACGCCGCUCUCGCAAAAGCCGGCUGGCUUGGUAUUGCGCUUCCAGAAUCGUUGGGGGGCUCAGAUUUAGGGAUCUCAGAGGCCACGAUGAUGAUGCAGACGAUCGCUGAAUCGGGCGCUGGUAUGGCGGGCGCGCAGAGCAUUCAUGCUAAUGUCUACGCGACGCAACCUCUUGCCAAGUUUGGGUCGAGGGAGCAGUUGGAAGAUACCAUCCCAAAGAUUGUGGCGGGGGAGUAUAGAGUGUGCUUUGGAGUCACGGAGCCAAACGCUGGGCUUGAUACACUUCGCCUGGAGACGGCAGCGAAAGAGAACUCUGACGGUUCAUUCAGCGUCACGGGUCAGAAGAUAUGGAUAACCUGUGCGCAAGUAGCGUCGAAGAUGAUCCUGCUCGCGAGGACUACACCACUAGACAAGGUCACAAAGCCAAGCGAAGGGCUCUCCCUCUUCUGUAUUGAUCUCAACCGUGAUCAACCAGGUCUCGAGAUGCGACGGAUCAAGAAAAUGGGCGGCAGGGCAGUCGACGCCAAUGAAGUAUUCUUCGACAAGUACACCAUCCCCGCCUCAUCCCUCAUCGGCGCCAAGAACAAAGGUUUCAAAAUGAUUCUCCACGGUAUGAACGCCGAGCGCUGCCUCCUCGCCGGCGAAGCCCUGGGUCUCGGGUACGCAGCCCUCUCCAAAGCAGCAUCCUACGCCAAAACCCGGGUUGUGUUCAAGCGACAGAUCGGGAUGAACCAAGCAAUCGCUCACCCGCUGGCCGAUGCGUACAUGAAGCUCGAAGCGGCGAAACUAGCGACGUAUCACGCUGCGAGGCUGUACGACGAGAGCGGAGAGGUGAGGCAGGAUGAGGUUGGGGUUGCGGCGAAUAGUGCAAAGUACAUGGCUGCUGAAGCUGCGUUUGCGGCGUGUGAGAGGGCGGUGUUGACGCUUGGGGGGAUGGGGUAUGCGGUUGAGUAUGAUGUUGAGAGGUGGUUUAGGGAGUGUCUUGUUCCGAGGAUCGCGCCGGUUAGUAGGGAGAUGAUAUUGAACUAUAUCAGUGAGAAGGUUCUUGAGUUGCCGAGGAGUUACUGA